GACAAAUGACGGUGGCGGCGACGACUGGUUGAUCUACACGCAUUGCACCAACAGUUACUUUUAUUGAGGCGCUAAUCGAACGGAAAAUUGAAGUCCUUCCUCGGUGUCCUGUGUGUUGGGCUCCAUCGGAAACGAUGGAGCAUCUGUUUCUGGAUUGCCCGGUGGCCAGGGCCUUGUGGAUUCAGUCUGGUCUAGAUCAUCUUGGCGAAGGAUUGCCUAGGCAUGCUUUCCCUCUAUUCCUGAAGAAGUUGCUGGCUAUUUUGCAGCACCCCUCGCAGUUCAUGGGAGUAAUUGCUAUCCUAUGGAGGAUUUGGCGGUCCCGGAAUUGGGUGGUCUUUGAAGGAAAGCAGUUUAGUAUCCUUGCUCUGAUGAGGCAGUAUCACCAACAGGUAGGGGAAUGGUUGAGCUUACCUAGCGAUCCCCGGCCUUCCUCGCGGUCUCCUCCUAGCACUAGUGCAACGGGUUUAGGUGCAGCAGGAGGGCCUGUGUGUCGGUGGGAUGGAGCAGUCCGGUUAGGGUCGCACUCUGCAGGAGGUUUUGUGCUUCUUAAUGAGGCAGGGGCGACCAUUUGGGCGGCUGGCGUUCAGUUCCCUCUGCUGGAGGACCCUAUGGUGGCGGAAAUACUUACCCUCCGCGAAGCAAUCCGAUGGUGUAUAGUGCAGGGUUUUGUGUCUAUGCGAUUUGAAGGGGACGCCAAAGUGAUCAUUGAGAAGCUGGACCAGGGUGAUGUGCGUGCGGGAUAGUCGGGUUGGGGCUAUUUUAGAAGAGAUUCUUCAGCUGUUUACACUUUAUCCGGGCUUCACUGUACGAUUUGUAGGUCGGGGUAGCAAUAGGGUAGCUCAUGUUGUAGCUAGACAGGCCCUGUCUUUGUCCCCAACUACGUGUCGUUAUUUUGACUUUCAGGCCUGGCUGAAUUCCAGGAUGUAAUUAUCGAUUUGCUUCUAUCAAUACAAGAUAUCUUUUGUAAAAAAAAAAAAAAAUGUUUUGUCAUCAUUUCUUUUCACCAACAUGAAAAGCCACGUAAUUUAUGUGCACGGUUGUUACAGUAAUAAACUAAUAUCAUAUAUUGUUAUUUAUAGAGGUAUUUGUUGCUAUUAACUCGGGUUGAGUGAUACCAAAGUAAUUGUUUAGUAUUCAAACCUAUCUAGGGGUGGAAUCGUGAUCCUCCUCCAACACUUAUAAUGUAAUGAUCAAUCUGUCGGCCACUUUUUUUCCUUUGCAACAUUGCAGUUAUAUCAUUCGAUCGGCCGUUUUCCGAAAGCGAUCUAUCAUUUUGUCCAAGUCAUCGUAGCAAGCAAAUUCCUCAUGUUUAAUCAACGCCUAUUGAUUUGUCUAAUGUCUAUAUACUAUUAUCAUUUCAAUAAGAAAAAAUGUGAUUGAAUGAUGGGAUUGGACGAGACAAUUUGACCCAAUUCAUUUCAAAAUGAAGCAAUUCGAUCAAGUAGCCUCUGCUUGACAAGCACAAAAUUAUGAGGAUGCCAAAUGGCUGUUGGUAUUUGCGUUAGCUGCAACACGAUGUUCGUUGAAAGUUUUGUCGAUCUUACUCGAUUUGCUAUUACUGAGAGAACAUAAAAUCACUGGGCUGAUUACUGACCAAGAUCUGUGGCUUGAAUCUUGAUGGGGAUAGCUUGCCAAAGUAGGCAAGUAUUUUUGGUUUUCUAUGUUUUCGAUUAAUAAUCUCAAAUUUGCAAA